AUGGGGAAUAAAUCCGAGAGUAAAUUCAAGAAUGAAGUCGGUUCCAUGGCGCCUCAUCCACAUACCUCGAUAGUUAAACGCCUCACAACGACCUCUGUUGAGCCAACUGUAGUACUCAACCUCCUUAUAUUACAUUUAUAUCCCCAAGCCAAGCAAGCAAGCCACAGAUUCAGGUUUAAUGCUAGUGUGGAAACUUCGAUCCUCGAGGACUCUGACUCUGCAGGGGCGUCCCUCGAGCUAUCCCCCGACGACCUCAGCGUCCCGAGCAUCAGCACAGCCACUCCUUCGCCGCAGCCGCAACCGACGCCGUCUCCGCAGCCUCCGUCCACACAGCACCAUCAGCAGUCGGGCGUCCAGCGCAACCUAGCCGACCUUCAGAAGAGCCUCAGCGGGGAAUUCAACCGGCGUCUGCAGGAGUGGGAGAGGCUGAAGAGCGGAGGACCCGGGCAAGGUCUUCACCACCCAGGUCUCGCAGGCGCCCCGUCCUCGCCGUCGGGAUCGGGGGCGUCUGGAUCGCACCCCGAGGACAACCUUCCUUACGAAUUCCGGAAGAAGCUGCACGAGUGGGAGAAGAUGAAGGAGAGAGAGAAGGAGAAGGGAAAGAUCGACGUUCCACGAGGCCAGGAGGACGUCAAGACCAAGAAGCACGGCGAGGACGACCUCCCAGCCGACUUCAAGAAGAAGCUCACGGAAUGGGAGAUCCGCAAGGCCUUGGUGGGCAAGAGCCAGCAGAACGUCGAGGAACUGCAGAAGAACCUCGGAGAAGAGUUCAACCGCAAGAUGGCGGAGUGGGAGAGGAUCAAAGCCUCCGCCAGUCAGCAGGGCCACGUGAAGCCAGGUCACCCUCAAGUCAAGACCUCGGCCUCCGCGGGUAACCUAGGCGGCAAGGGGUCAGCCUCUGCGGGUCAGAUGCACGUGAAACCGUCGCCGUCCGCGUCGCAGGUGGCCAAGGCGCCUCUGAUUCCGGGUCAAGGGCCCGCGAGCCCGAGACUAGACAGGAAGGGAUCAGGACACAAAAUCAAGAAGAGCAAGGCGGCCAAGACAGACAAAGUGCCCGUGAGCAAAGCGGAGAGCAGCCACAAGGCGAGAGACAAAGAGCUGCAGUGGCUGGAAAAAGAGCUGCACAAAGUCGAACGCGAAACCCAGAGGCUGGAGAGAGAGAAAGAAAAGUUCCUGGAGAGAGCAGCCAGGCUAGAGAGGAUGCGCCAAGCCAUGGGACGCGGUCCGAUGGAGAAGAAGGAGAUAUACAUCAAGACGUCGACGGGCGAGUUCCGCUUCGAGGGCAUCAGCCAGACGUUCACCAAGAAGCUGUACGAGUGGGAGGAACGGCGGGGUAUCAGGCCUGAGUCCUCCACCAUCGCCCUCCUCGACCCCAACUACGUGGUGCCCGAGAAGAAGGCCCCAGAGAAGCCCAAAAGCCCGGAAGUUGGCCGACUCGUGAGCAGGAGGAAGUCGGAGUCCUCGCUGGCAGCUGACCUGGUGACGCCUCCCGUGCACUCCCACCCUUCGAGUCUUUCCUUGAACGAGAUCGAGGCGGAGGAAACCGGACUCCAAGCGGAAAACAAGGCGGCAAGCGAACCCACUCUAGCGGGUACAGAACCGGGGACGCCCAAGGUAGCGGUUCUGGUACAACUCGAGGAAGUCGUCGAGGAUGGCCAUCACGCCCUCCACGACCCAGGGAACUCUUACGCUCCUGCGGAAAUCACCAGGAACAUUGACUCCUCCGGCAGCGAGGAGGACGUCACCCGCAGACACCGAGCCGACGAUGACGAGGACGUGGUAACUAACCUACGUCGGACGGACAGCGCAAGGACUCAGGGAUCGUAUCGCUCACUCCUGCGGGAGAAUAUGAGCCUUCUGGACAAACUCCGCCAGCAGGAGGACAUGUGCCGCGCCCUCGAGCACCAGAUGGGAGAUAUCGACUCCAAGAUGGACAAUGUGGCUGACCAGCACCUGAGGACGCUCGAACCCAAUCAUUUUAGUAGAUUUACAUUUUACAACACCUAA